UCACCAGACAGGCUUCCACAUCUCUCUUCAAUUGACUCAAUUGGACUCAAUCGCUUCUCUACUGCUCUUUAGCGCUCGCAUCUUCUCUCUCCCAUCGCUAUCAUGACCCGCACCAUCCGCUCCAACUCUCUGCCCCACGAGGACGCCGCCCUCCCGCGCCUCUUUGGCAAGUCCACCCCCGGCUACUCGUCUCCCUACAAGACGAAGAAGAACGGCGCCGGCAAGGGCAAUUGGGGCCGCGAAGGCGACGAGCUCGCUGACGUUGAGGACGAAUACAACUUCCAACCUUCUAUACAACGGCGUCGGUCCAACUCGAACGGAGGCAACGGCUCAUUCAAGAAGCCGUCCUUCGAGCGAGACCCGAUCUUCGACGAGGCCGUCGACGAGAUCGAGGACUGAUCCCGCAUCUCUACCUCCUAUGCAGUUCACCGGUGUAGUUUGGUAGCUGUAUAUACUCGGUGACCUUGUGUAGAUAUUCAUAAAGUCGGCAUUUGUUGCGCGGCCGCAUAUCUCUUCACUUGCGGACCACUAUUUGUUUAUUUGUUUUAUCGUUGCUAUGCUUCAUAUGGCGUUCAUGCCGACAGCUCAAGGGCGUACAAGUGUUAUUAUGAUUAAAGGCGUAUUGGAAAUUGGACAUCAUCGGAGUAUCGUGUGGGCAGGUCAAUUGACCUGAACCCAUCGCAAUGUUUUUAUAAUUAUUAGUAUAGCAACUGAAAUGCAACAUCAAUCUCACAACAAGAAUGAUUCCUAGGCGAGA